AUUAUAGUGCUGUGGACAAGACUGUUUGUAUCAUUAAAGUGUAUCCUAAGGGAGAGCCUGAUAAAUCAGUAAGAAUGUAUGCAAUUCUGGAUGAUCAAAGCAAUCGAUCACUGGCUAGAACUGAAUUCUUCAACAUAUUCCACGUAAAUGGUAAUCCUUCAUCUUACACCCUUGGUACAUGUGCAGGUCAGUUUGAAACAAAAGGAAGAAGAGCUAGUGAUUUCAUAAUAGCUUCUCUUACAGAUGGUAUUCAGUUGCCUUUACCUACACUUAUUGAAUGCAAUCAAAUUCCAGAUAACAGGGAUGAGAUUCCUACGCCAGAAAUAGCACAUUACUAUCCACACAUGAAACACAUAGCUAGUUGCAUACCAGCUCUAGAGAAGAAUGCCCAGAUAUUGCUUUUACUUGGUAGAGACAUUCUAAGAAUACACAAGGUACGCCAGCAAUGUAAUGGACCUCAUAAUUCUCCAUACGCUCAGAGACUUGACCUUGGCUGGGUAAUAGUUGGAGAUGCCUGUAUAGGAAAAAUCUACAGAACAGAUAUUACUAACUCCUUGAAAACUAAUGUGUUAAUUAAUGGACGUCCAUCUUACUUUGAGCCAUGCCCAAAUCACUACCAUGUAAAGGAGAAAUCUGGAAUCUAUGAAUAUUCAUACUAUGCCAGUCAAGAUGAUAUAGUUACUCCCUUACCAGAUGAUGACAACAUUGGAAGUACAGUGUUCCACACAACACAGCAUGACAAUAAACUAGCUCCUUCUAUCGAAGAUAAAGAAUUUCUCAAGUUAAUGGACAAAGAGUUUUACAAGGAUGACUCAAACAGUUGGGUAGCCCCUCUGCCAUUUCGCAAUCCAAGACAAAGGUUACCCAACAACAGAGUUCAAGCACUCUCUAGACUUUUUUCCUUACAACGUACUCUAAAGAAAGAUCCGAAGAUAAAAGAACACUUUGUAUCAUUCAUGCAGAAGAUGUUUGAAAAUAAGCAUGCAGAGCCAGCUCCUCCACUAAAAGAAGGUGAAGAAUGUUGGUAUCUUCCUUCAUUUGGCAUCUAUCAUCCACGCAAACCAGGUCAAAUAAGGGUUGUGUUUGAUUCAAGUGCACAGUAUGAAGGCAUGUCACUCAAUAGUGUUCUUCUUACUGGACCUAACCUUACUAACAGUCUCUUAGGAGUAUUGAUCAGGUUCAGGAAAGAACCUGUAGCAUUCAUGGCUGACAUACAACAGAUGUUCUAUUGUUUCAUUGUUAGAGAAGACAAUAUGAAUUACCUCAGGUUUUUGUGGCAUCACAACAAUGAUACUAGCGCUGAGAUAAUAGAUUAUCGCAUGAGAGUGCAUGUCUUCGGCAACAGUCCAUCACCUGCAGUGGCAAUAUAUGGACUAAGAAGAACAGCUCAAGAAGGUGAAAUGGAAUAUGGAACAGAUGCCAGACAAUAUGUAGAAAGAGACUUCUAUGUGGAUGAUGGAAUCAAGUCUGUACCGACAGAUGAAGAAGCCAUUGAUCUGCUUAAAAGAACACAAAAGAUGCUAUCUGUAGCAAACCUAAGGCUUCAUAAAAUAGUCUCAAACAGCAGCAAGGUGUUGAAAGCCUUUCCUCCAGCAGACCAUGCAACGGACCUCAAAGACUUAGAUCUAGGUACAGAUACACCACCUGUACAACAAAGUCUUGGUCUACAUUGGAACAUAUCAACUGAUGAAUUUGUUUUCAAAGUUUCUACUGAUGAAAAGCCAUACACUAGACGUGGUGUUUUAUCAAUUAUUAACAGUCUUUAUGACCCACUGGGGUUUGUAGCUCCAGUGACUAUACAAGGAAAGUCUCUGCUUAGACAGCUUUCAUCUGAGUCAAAAUCCUGGGAUACUUUACUACCUAUAGAGAAACGUCAGAUGUGGGAAAAGUGGAAGGAUUCUUUGAAGGAUCUUGAAAAGCUCUGUAUUCCACGGUGUUAUGCUUCUAUAUCUCUAUCAACAGCAACAGUAACAGAGAUCUACAUCUUCUCAGAUGCAUCUACAGAAGCUAUUGCAGCAGUGGACUACCUAAAAGUGACAGACAUUGAAGGAAAACCACAUGUAGGAUUUAUUCUCGGCAAGGCUAAGUUGGCACCUAGACCUGAACACACAAUUCCUAGACUUGAAUUAUGUGCAGCUGUUUUAGCAGUCAAAAUAGCUGAUCUUAUACUAAGUGAAAUAGACAUCAAACCUGAUGCUGUUAACUUCUACACAGACAGCAGAGUGGUGUUGGGAUACAUAAACAACCUAAGCAGAAGAUUCUAUGUAUAUGUCAAUAACAGAGUAGAACGCAUCAGGAGAUCUUCAAAACCAGAGCAAUGGCAUUUACGUUCCUACUGACAAAAAUCCUACAGAUCUUGCAACCAGGUCGUUAACUUCAGCACAAUUCAUGAAAUCUACAUGGUUGACAGGACCACCAUUCUUGUUAUGCUCUACAGAUACAACAUCAGCCAGUACUACAUUUGAGCUUGUAGAUCCUGAAUCUGAUAAAGAGAUCCAUCCUCAAACUACAACACUUGUCACCAGUGUUACCAAUGGAAAUUGUCUUGGCUCAUACCGCUUUGAACGUUUUUCAAAAUGGACAUUACUCAUACGCACCAUUGCACAUUUGAUUCACAUUAUUCAUUGUUUCCAACACCAAACUUCUGGAGAACCUGAAGAUUGUCAUGGAUGGCACCUAUGUAGAAAAAACCCAACUGCAAAUGAACUAAAUUUUGCAGAGAAUAUUAUCAUUCGUUGUGUGCAACAGGAAGUGUACUAUAAAGAAAUCAAGUGUAUAAGUAAGAAAGUUGAUCUUCCCAAGGACAGUCCACUUUGGAAAUUGAAUCCAAUUAUUGAUGAAGAUAAUUUACUGAGAAUUGGUGGUCAUCUAAAAUAUGCUAAUUUGAGAAGUAACGAACAAAACCCAUUAAUUAUCCCUGGUCGUCACUAUGUUGCUACACUGCUCAUUCGACACUACCACGAGAAAGUCAAACAUCAAGGUAGACAUUUUACUGAAGGGGCAAUAAGAUCAGCAGGACUGUGGAUCACUGGUGUAAAACAACGUAUCACUACUAUACUCCACAAGUGUGUUAAAUGUCAAAGAUUAAGGGGAAAAUAUCAAGAACAACCGAUGGCCGACUUACCAGCUGAAAGGACAAGUAAUGAACCUCCUUUCACACAUGUUGGUCUGGAUGUUUUUGGCCCAUGAUCAGUAAUUAUACGUAAAACAAGAGGAGGACAAGCUAACAACAAGAGAUGGGCUGUUCUGUUCACAUGUUUGAGCAUUCGUGCCGUACAAAUUGAGGUGAUUGAAUCUAUGGAUACCUCAAGCUUCAUCAAUGCCCUGCGAAGAUUUUUCUCUAUCAGAGGACCUGCUAAGCAACUACGUUCUGAUUGUGGAACAAACUUUAUUGGAGCAUGCAAUGAACUACAGAUUAAUACUAAUCACAUAGAAAACUAUCUAAGUAAUAAUGGUUGUACAUGGAUAUUCAAUCCUCCUCAUGCUUCUCACAUGGGCGGACCUUGGGAAAGGAUGAUUGGUAUUGCAAGACGCAUUCUGGAUUCUAUAUUGUUUGACUCAAGGUCAAAUCAACUCAGUCAUGAAGUCUUGGUAACAUUCCUAGCUGAAGUAAUGGCUAUAAUUAAUGCUCGACCGUUGGUACCCGUUUCUUCAGAUCCAGAGUUUCCAGUUUUAUUGACACCUGCUACUCUUCUUACUCAGAAGAUUGGGGUAGAUGUAGUUCCUUUAGAACAAUUUAACACCAAAGAUCUUUACAAACGACAAUGGAAACAUGUUCAGCAUCUUGCCAAUUCAUUUUGGAGCAGAUGGAGACAAGAGUAUCUUGUUACAUUACAAAGUCGUCACAAAUGGCAGAUAAGCAGACCAAACAUUUACGUUGGAGAUCUGGUCUUAUUGAAGGACAAACUUGUUCAUCGAAAUGAAUGGCCAUUAGGUCUUAUUGUUAAAGUUAUACCAAGUGAUGAUGGAAAAAUAUGUAAAGUAGAAGUAAAAGUAUCAAGAGAAGGUGUUGUAAAAUCCUUCACCAGGCCAAUUACAGAACUAGUACUACUUCUAUCUCACAAGGACUGUGAUAAUACAGCUGGUUGAAGACUACAGGGGACAGUGUCAGCCCUGCUACUAAUCAAGAUUUAUCAUGUGAAAACAACAUGGACUUAUGUUUGCAAUUGCAUUUUGUAUGUUUUCUCUCUUUCUUUGUCUUGCAGAUCUCAUGGAUAAAGAGACUUCAAUCAACAUUUUUAUGUUUAUUGUUUAUUGUUUGAUUUAUAUAGUGGUAUCUACAGAUACCAGACGGGGAGUGUUCUGUCCAUAUAUUCAUAUGUACAUCUUUAAAUGUUAUAUUUUAGUUCUUGUGCUCCCUCUAGUGUUAUGUUUUAUUAUUGUAUUCAAUUUAAUGUAUAUUCUAUGUGCUACCUCUGACCUUUUUGAGGUCACUUCCUGCCUCCAUUUUUGUUUCACUUGUGUGUGUAAAUUAGUUUCACUUUCAAUGUGUAAGUUUGCUAGAACUCUCUGCUAAUAGCUUUGUAGAGGCAAAUUCUUUUUACCUGGCAAUUACCACUUCUGGAACCUCAGAAUUCUUGUUUUGCAACAAUAAAGCAUGAAGGAUUCAUAAAUCUCUGCUGUGGAAUUUGUCUGAGUUAAGCUACUCUGCUGGAUUCUACUAAACUCUAAGACAUGCUACAUAUGCGUAUUUCUCCUAAACCAGACCUUGUGUAAAAUGCCAACUAAAUGGUUACAUUGCAUUCUCUAUCUGAGAAUUUAAGGUUUUGACUACAACAGAAAAGAAGCAUUUGGAAAAUAACAUGGAGAAGAAACUGCUGUUUGUUCUGGGAAUCUGUAUUCUGGUGAUUCUUUGUUCCAAUACAGGGAGAGCAUCUAUGGAGAAGUCUACGGCAUCACAGUUUUUGGGAAAAAUUGAAAGAAAACGCUCUUUACAUGAAGAAUGUUAUGUGGAACAAUGUAAUUAUGAGGAAGUUCUGGAGGCUUAUGGAGACCGUAUAGCUGCUGAUGCUUACUGGAAACAAUUACAUGGAAAAUGAAUGUCAUCAAAAGUUUUAUUUUGGUGUCUAAAAAUGUUUUUUUGUACUCAGAUGCAAUCAAGAAUCAUGUUAUAACUGAACUGCAUGCUGGGAUAUGAGAAGCAAACUAAAAAUGAAUAAAGAUUAUUUAACCUA